AUGUCAUCUCCUAAGGCCGUCGUUUUCACCGAUUGGGAUGGAACUGUCACUCUUUUAGAUUCCAAUGACUACCUCACAGACAACUUGGGUAUGGGUAAAGAGUCCCGUGUUGCUAUUGGAAAUCAGAUUCUCAAUGGCGAAGUGGACUUCAGGACUGGUUUUGCUGAAGAGUUACAAUCAGUAAAACUGCCAUUCGACGAAUGUAUCGAUUUUCUGCUCAAGAACAUUGAGCUCGAUCCAGGCUUCAAAGACACCUAUGAAUGGUGUUAUGCCAAUAAUGUUCCCAUCUAUGUGAUUUCAUCAGGAAUGAAGCCCAUCAUCGAAACUUUGUUGGUGAAAUUGGUUGGCCAGGAUGCUAUGGACAACAUUACUAUUAUCUCCAACGAUGUCAAGAUCAACGAUGAUGGCUCUUGGGAUAUUGUCUAUAGAGAUGACACAUCUUUUGGUCACGAUAAGGCCCUAUCUAUCUUGGAAGUACUUGACAAGCACAACCUCGAUAAGAAUGCUGAUAAUAGGUCGAUCCCUCUAUUCUACUGUGGAGACGGUGUCUCUGAUCUUUCAGCAGCAAGAGAGACUGAUUUGCUGUUUGCCAGAAAGGGUAGAGAACUGAUCACCUAUUGCGAAAAAGAGAAAGUUCCAUAUACCGAAUUUGAGUCCUUUGAUGAGAUUCUGAAAUCUAUUCAAGCAAUCUUGAGUGGUGAGAAAAAGUUGGCCGAUUUCAUUCAAAAUAAAUUAGAAUAG